AUGAACAUCGAUAUCCAUCAGAAGCAUCGAAGCAAAAAUUGGCGUGGAAAUUGGAAAAGUUUUAGUCGGCAAUAUUCCCACGCCUCGGUUGGAACAUUUCAUCAUGCCGUUGCACCGGUGCUGCUGUUAGGUCAGUGCUUCACGUUGCUCCCGGUGGUCAAUAUAUUCAGUGCCAACUUUCGCACGGCGCGUUUCAAGCUAAGAAGCUUCCGCUGUAUUUACUCGCUGCUGUAUCUAGCGUUGACCGGCGUUUACUGUGUUCUCUCCAUCCGGUGGUACAUUAGAAAAGGAUUGAACAUUUCCUACUUUGCUAACUGUAUUUACAUGGUGGUGGUGUAUCUAUCGGCCUGGCUGUUCUUUUUUAUUGCGAUCCAAUGGCACUCGAUACUGGAUGCAUUUGCUAGCUGUGAGCGUUCAUUUUUACGCGACCACUAUCGCCUGCAGACCAGGGGCACAUUCAACCUGGUUUGGAAGAUACGGUUUGCGGGGUUUGCCAUAUUUGCCCUGGCUCUGGUGGAGGAUUGGUUGAAUUACUACUCGGCGUAUCAGAGUAACAUCGUGCAGAUAACUACCUGUAACCGGACCAAUGUGACUGUGUGGCACAACUUCUAUUUACGAGAGCAUCCGCACGUGUUCCAUAUACUUCCCUUCAAUGGCUUUACAAUAGCGGUUACGGAGUGGAUUAAUCGCUGCAUGCGAUAUACUUGGACGUAUCUGGAUAUCUUCAUCAUAUCCUUCUGCUAUGGUGCCCAGUUUCGGUACGAGCAAAUCUUUAGGCGUCUCGUAGCAGUCCAGGGAAUAGCUUGUCCGAUCAAUUUUUGGCACGAGCUUCGCAUGGAUUAUGUAGCCGUUUCGGAGUUGGUGCACGAGUUGGACUCUCGGUUUGGUCAUUUAAUUUUGCUGGCCUGUGCUAAUGAUAUGUAUUUUAUCGCAACACAGCUCUUUAACGGGUUCCAACGUCGACGAGCCAUUGCGAACUAUGUGUACUUUUGGUACUCGCUGUUGCUACUCAUGUUCCGCACGAUAAUCAUGCUGUAUGUAGGAUCGGGUGUGUACGUUGCAUCCACUAGCCCUUUACAUUUGCUGAGGAACGUUCCUUCCAAACAUUGGGGAAUCGAUUUACAACGCCUUACGGAUGAAGUAGCGUCCGGGGAAAAUGUGCUAUCCGGUAAACAGUUUUUCUUUCUCAAACGUCAGCUGAUCCUUGCGAUGGCCGGAACGUUGGUGACAUACGAGUUGGUGUUACUUGACCAGGUGAAAAAAAUACCCGACUCGUCGACGGACUGUUCGUACUUUUGA